CUUUCCUUCAUCAAAACUAUCACCGUCUUCACAAUCAAGUGAUCAACACCAUUCACUCUUCUGCGCAUUUUUGACAUUUGGACCGACUUCAAGAUCUGAUUGUAUAUAAGGGUUCAGUUUGCAAAACGUAUGAGCUUGUUCAUCAACCUGUGUUGUAAUUGUAAUUGUAAUUGUAAUUGUUCCAAUUCCAAUCACUUCAGCACUUGCCUUCUCUUUUUCUUUCUUCAUCGCUCCCCUCAAUUGUUACCUACUUCCCGUUUUCAAUUUGAUAACCCUUGGAUACUACAACACCCAUUACUUUAGUUUAUCGCACAAUUGUGUUCUUGUUAGUUUUCCGCAAAGGGAAAUUGUCUCCAUCACCAACUACUACAUGGGUUCGUCAGCCAAGAAUAAACCCCAAUUGAUACAAGCACCCUGUUAUUCAGCCAUCAAAACAGGGCGUUCGACUUCACCAUCUGUAAUUGUAGUUGGAGGUGGCUUUGCUGGGAUAGCUGCUGCUCGUGCCCUCCAUGAUGCUUCAUUCCGGGUUAUAUUACUCGAAUCUCGUGAAAGAAUUGGUGGUCGAGUUAGGACAGAUUACUCAUUUGGUUUUCCCGUGGACUUAGGGGCAUCUUGGUUGCAUGGAGUUUGCAAAGAGAAUCCCUUGGCACCUCUUAUUGGAAGACUUGGGUUACCUCUCUAUCGUACAAGUGGUGACAACUCAGUGCUAUAUGAUCAUGAUUUGGAAAGCUAUGCACUUUUUGACAUGGAUGGGAAUCAAGUUCCUCAAGAACUCGUUUCACAAGUAGGUGAAACAUUUGAGAGCAUAUUGCAAGAGGCAUGUCUUCUCUCUCUCUCUCUCUCUCUCUCUCUCUCUCUCUCUCUCUCUCUCUCUCUCUCUCUCUCUCAUUUUGGAUUUUCUGCUUGUUCUCUUUUUGACAUGGAGGGUAGUUUAUUGCAGACAAAUAAAGUAAGAGAAGAGUUAAGUGAAGAUUCAUCUAUACAACAUGCAAUCUCAAUCGUCUUUGAAAGAAACCCAAAACUAAGAUUGCAGGGGCUUUCUCAUAAGGUAUUACAAUGGUAUCUGUGUAGAAUGGAAGGGUGGUUUGCUGCUGAUGCUGACACCAUAUCUCUCAAAUGUUGGGACAAAGAAGAGUUGUUGCCAGGUGGACAUGGGCUAAUGGUCCGAGGUUAUCAACCUGUUAUAAACACACUUGCAAAAGGCCUUGACAUCCGCUUAGGUCACAGGGUAAAGAAGAUAAACAGGCGUACAAAUGGUGUGAAGAUAACCAUAGAAAAUGGCAACACAUUCUUUGCAGAUGCAGCCAUAGUUGCUGUCCCUUUAGGUGUUUUGAAAUCAAACACCAUUACUUUCGAACCAAGACUACCUAAAUGGAAGGAAGAAGCCAUAGCUGACCUUGGAGUUGGAAUUGAGAACAAGAUCAUUUUACAUUUCGAGAAAGUAUUUUGGCCAAAUGUCGAGUUUUUAGGAGUUGUUGCAGAUACUUCAUAUGGAUGUAGCUACUUUCUUAAUCUUCACAAAGCUACAGGUCAUCCUGUUCUUGUUUACAUGCCUGCAGGAAAACUAGCAAGAGAUAUCGAGAAAAUGUCAGAUGAAGCUGCAUCUAGUUUCGCUUUUAUACAGCUUAAAAAGAUUCUUCCAGAUGCUUCCGCCCCAAUUCAGUAUUUGGUUUCUCAUUGGGGAAGUGAUGUGAAUUCAUUAGGGUCAUAUAGCUAUGAUACAGUAGGAAAACCCCAUGAUCUGUAUGAUAAGCUGAGGAUCCCUGUGGAUAACUUAUUCUUUGCAGGGGAGGCAACAAGUUCUGAAUACCCAGGGUCUGUUCAUGGUGCUUAUUCAACUGGAUUAAUGGCUGCAGAAGAUUGCAGGAUGCGUGUUCUUGAACGUUAUGGGGAGCUGGAUCUUUUUCAAUCUGUUAUGGGUGAGGAUACCCUUGCUUCUGUGCCAUUGUUGAUAUCGCGUAUAUAAAGUCUUGUUAAUGUAUUAAGUGCUUAAGAGACAAGUGUAAAAUGGAGUGUAAUGUACUUGAAGUUAUAGUGCUGAUAUAUGUACCUUAAGUUGGCAUAUUGCAAGUGUAAAGUUUUUUUUUUUUUUUAAAUGGAAUUGCUGAAGAUAUGCUUAAGAAAAGCAGACAAUAGUUGGCAAAUAGUGGUAGUACUAUUAAAAUAUUAAUGAAUGUGGUAUAUUGAUUAGGUGAGUGAUAUGAUAAAUCAUUUGUCGAUACUUGGUUGAUCUAUAAUCGUGUAUGAGGUGUGUUUAUUUCCAUUUAAAGUUUUAAUUUCUGUAAAACACCAAACAUGAGAAAAGUAAUAAUAUGUUUUUUAUGUAAAACACCAAACAUGAGAAAAUUAUUUGA